UCUGCACAAAGAACUGAAAGGCAUUCAUCCCCAAGGGAAGCAGUUAUUUUAGAUUUUACUAAGAAGUCAGCUAACAUUUUUCAACAUUCCCUUCUGUUCUUUUUGUUUUUAAAGAAAGCUCUGAUUUUGUUUCAUUUUCAGCUGGAGAAUUAAGUGACACCAAGCAAAGUCUACUUAGUUUAGAUUUCCAGUUCAGAGUUUUAAUCAGGAGUGGAUGUUGGACUUUGUGCAGCAGCUCUCCACCUCUGAGAAACCAGAUGGUGAAAAAGCAAACAUGAAGUUAGCAGUUUUGUUCUGUUUUAUUCUGCUUAUCAUUUUUCAACCCGACUUUGGACAAAAUGAAGACAGUCCUAGGAAGCAAAGGAAGAAGAUGUAUCACCGAAGACUGAGGAAAAGUUCCUCACCCAGCCACAGGUCAGACAGACAGGCUGGAAUUCCACAAACAACUGCUGCGCCAGUAGCAAGAACCCUUCCCACUGUUCACCUUGAUUACAGUCUGGAGGAAAAGUUUGAAUCCUUUGCAAGUUUUCCUGGAGUAGAAUCAAGCUAUGAUGUCCUACCAGGAAAAAAGGGACACUGCUUAGUAAAGGGCAUGACUCUGUACAACAAAGCAGUGUGGUCUCCUGAGCCCUGCACCACCUGCCUCUGCUCAGAUGGAAGAGUCCUUUGUGAUGAGACCAUGUGCCACCCCCUGACGUGCCCCCACACAGUCAUACCCGAAGGGGAAUGCUGCCCCAUCUGCACCAACACUGUAGUCUCCUAUUCCCUACUCAGUGGUAGAGCCUUAAAUGACAGAAAUGAAUUUUCUGGUGAUUCUUCAGAACAAAGAGAACCUACCAGUUUACUUCACAAGCCACCUCCUCUGGGGGAAAUGGACCAAGUAUUCAGAAAAGAAGCACCUGAAUCUGAGGAGGAUGAAGAAGUUAAAGGUAAUGAGCACAAGGAAGAGACCGCUGGAACCCAUGACCAGGACAAACUUCACAGUGAGGAAAGGAGGAGAGAGAGGAAGCCAAGCCCUGGAGAGGGGAGGCCAGCACAUCAGUGGCUCUACCAUGGAAGAGGGGAGGAGGAGGAGGAGGAGGACGACGACCACGACGAAGAGGAAGGAGAGGAGGAAGAAGAAGAGGAUGCUGUAAGAGGAGACGUGUUCCGCCCGCCCUCCCGGUUCCCUGCUGCUGCUCCCCCUAGAGGCAAGCCUCGCCUGCCCAGCAGCUGCUCCCUGUCCUACAAGACCAUCAGCUGUGUCCACACGGCCCUCACCCACAUCCCACCACUCACAGCGCCAGGGAUAACAAAUCUGGAGCUGGUUGGGAAUUCCAUCACCUCCAUCCCAGAUGAAGCAUUUAAUGGAUUACCAAAUUUGGAAAGGCUUGAUCUGAGCAAAAAUCAUAUAACAUCUUCUGGCAUAGGCCCCAAAGCAUUCAAGCUUCUGAAGAAGUUAACGCGUUUAAAUUUGGAUGGAAAUAAUCUGGUACGGAUUCCUUCAGAACUACCAUCUACAUUAGAAGAACUUAAAAUCAAUGAGAACAAUCUUCAGGCUAUCGAUGAAGAAAGUUUAUCAGACUUAAAUCAACUGGUCACCUUAGAAUUGGAAGGAAACAAUCUCAGUGAAAUCAAUGUCGAUCCUUUAGCGUUUAAAUCUUUGAAGAGCCUAUCCUAUCUGCGUCUGGGAAAAAAUAAAUUUAGAAUUAUACCACAGGGUCUUCCUGCUUCUAUUGAGGAAUUAUACUUGGAAAAAAACCAAAUUGAAGAGAUAACUGAAAUUUGUUUCAAUCACACCAGAAAUAUCAAUGUGAUUGUACUACGUUAUAAUAAAAUAGAAGAAAAUAGGAUUGCUCCUUUAGCCUGGAUCAAUCAAGAGAACCUAGAAUCCAUUGACCUGUCCUACAACAAGCUCUACCACGUGCCUUCCUAUCUGCCCAAGUCUCUGCUGCACCUUGUGCUUAUGGGGAACCAGAUUGAACGCAUCCCUGGCUACGUGUUUGGUCACAUGGAACCAGGCCUGGAAUACUUGUACCUGUCAUUUAACAGACUCACUGAUGAUGGUGUGGACCAAGUCUCAUUCUAUGGGGCAUAUCAUUCUCUGAGAGAGUUAUUUCUGGAUCACAAUGACUUGAAAUCUGUACCACCUGGGGUGCAAGAAAUGAAAGCACUACAUUUUCUGAGACUGAACAACAAUAAGAUUCGGAAUAUUCUUCCCGAACAAAUUUGCAAUGUUGAAGAGGAUGGUGACUCAACCCUGGAACAUCUUCAUCUUGAAAACAACUAUAUUAAAACUAGAGAAAUAUCACCCUAUGCAUUUUCAUGCAUAAGAUCAUAUUCAAGUGUUGUUCUCAAGCCACAAAAAGUCAAGUAAUUCCAAGAUUUCUUGUGACAUUUAUAAAUUUAACUCAUGUAUUUGUUGUAACAUUUGUCAUUAAUAAGAAAUAUAAUCCUCAAGUUACACUCAAUAUCAUUAUGCUAGACAAUUGGUUUGCCAAAUCACAGAUGAACAACCAAAUGUACAUAAUGCAAAGGGUAUAGUCUUCUAGUUUUAUGGAAGGUGAAAACACUCAGUUUCCUACCUCUAGAAAGAAGCCACCUCACUAAAAUAUUGAUGCUAUGCAUGCUAUGCUAGAUCAGGGGAGUUUGGAACAAAAUUAGCAGUCCUUUACAGUUGGACUGACUCCUGCUAUUAGCUGAGAACUCAUCAAGUCCCUUUAAAAAUUAUGCAUGUUAUGGUUCAAGACCAAGAAACACACUUACAGGGGAAAAAAAAACAAUUUAUGAAUUCUUUACUGUUCUGUUAAAAUAAUAAUUUUAAUUUCCGUAAGAUCCUGUGCUAUAAUUACUGGUAAAAAUACAUCUCAGUAUUGGGUUAGCUUUAGUUCCUUCUAUUAAUUAUACAUGUGAAUUUAAAACACUAUUGUAAUGGUAACUUCCUGGUUUAGAUCAUAACCAAUGUACUGUGGUUAUGUACAUUGUUAGCAUUAAGGGAAGCUAGCUGAAGCAUAAAAUAUGAACUCUAUACUAUUUUUGAAAGUUUUGUAAGUCUAAGUUUUUUUAAAGAUAAAAAGUAGUAUUUUAAUAUCACCUUCAUUAUUCUUCACUCAAGAUUAUGGAAAGAGGUAGAGUUUGCUAAAACUACAAAGUAGUUAUUUUUGACUAUACUCUUGUUAAAUGUCAAUCUAAUGCAUGUACUUUUUAAAACGUUUGCUCCACUGAUCAAAGUUAGCACCUAUCACUUUUGCUCUAAUUUGCUGAAAUGUAUCCUUUUAUUCAAUUCACCUAAACACAAAGCUAAUUAGUGUUUCUAUUUACCAUACCCUACCAAAACCAUCUAAUAAAGUUUUCAUUACACAAUGAC